AUGUCAAAAGGCAAGAAUCGGGCUGCUUCGAGCGCUGGCAAAGGCUUCAUUGAUGAUUCCGAGGACGAUGCACUCUCCGAAGCAUUGUCCCUGGACAGCUCAGACUUUGAAACCAUUACACCUCCUCGCAAAAGACAGAAGACUAAGGCUCCCACCAAGAGUAAAGUUGUCCGGCGCGCCAGCAACAAAGCUCGUCAACUGUUAAGUUCCUACACCGAUCUCGUCGAUGAAGAUGUGUCUGAAGAAGGCUCCGAGGACGAAUUCAUCCUCGAUACGUCAGAAAUUCUGGGCAUUGCAUCCGAUGGAGAUUCAGAUGUACCCAUCAGAGACUUGCUCCCUGACCCUGCGAUAUUUGAAGACCUGAAUGCCGGUCCCUCUCGUCCCAAGACUGCUGCUCGGAUAGCUGCGAAUAGCAAGAAGCGGGCGAAGAAAGCAGAGUCUAACAGGCGCCUGCGAAAGUUUGCGCACAUCCGUGAUCGAUGGGACCGAAAAAGGGCUAUGAAUCGGGAUAGACUUGAAGAAGCGCAUCCUAAACUUUUAACCAUGUGGCAAGAUCUGGCAGACAUUCCGGUCCUUAAACCUGUUGAAGCUACCCAACCUCCGUCUAUCAACAGGAAGUUAAAAUCUUUCCAGCUUGAAGGUCUCAAUUGGAUGAUGAGACAAGAGAAGACACAAUAUAGAGGGGGACUUCUCGGUGACGAGAUGGGAAUGGGCAAGACCAUUCAGGCCGUGUCGCUCAUCAUGUCCGACUAUCCGGCAAGGGCUCCUUCGUUGGUCGUGGUCCCACCUGUGGCUCUCAUGCAGUGGUCCAAUGAGAUCGCUGAAUACACGGACGGCACUCUGAAAGUUCUUGUGUUUCAUGGUACAAACUCAAAAACCAAGAACAUGUCCGUUAGAGAAUUGAAAAAGUACGAUGUCAUCAUUGUGUCCUACAACAGCCUCGAGUCAAUGCACAGAAAGGAAACCAAGGGAUGGACUCGUGGUGACGAUAUCAUCAAAGAAGCAUCUGCGCUGAUGGCAAUCAAGUUUCACAGACUGAUUUUAGACGAGGCCCACAGCAUCAAAUCUCGUAAUACUGGAGUCGCCAAAGCAUGCUUCGCUCUUCAAGGUGACUACAAGUGGUGUUUAUCUGGCACACCUGUACAGAACCGCAUCGGUGAAUUCUUCUCUCUGCUCAGGUUCCUUGAAAUUCGACCAUUUGCCGAUUACUUCUGCCGAAGUUGCGAUUGCGAGCAACUUCACUGGGCUCUUAACGAUGAACACAUGUGUCCUGCUUGCGACCAUAGUGGUGCCGAACACGUGUCUAUAUUUAAUCAAGAGCUCCUCAACCCCAUAACUGGAGAUGUUGCGGCGCUCCGUUCAGACGCCAUGGACAAACUUCACAUGAUAACUGCGCGCAUGAUGUUGCGGCGGAUGAAACGCGAUCAUACUUCGUCCAUGGAACUACCACCAAAAGAGAUAGUCAUUCACAACGAAUUCUUCGGCGAGAUCGAGCGAGACUUUUCAUCAUCCAUUAUGACCAACACGACACGCAAGUUCGAUACUUACGUUGCGCAGGGUGUCAUGCUGAACAACUACGCCAACAUCUUCGGUCUCAUCAUGCAGAUGCGCCAGGUCGCAAACCAUCCAGACCUUCUCCUGAAGAAACACAGUGAAGGUGGUCAGAAUGUCCUGGUCUGCAACAUUUGCGAUGAACCGGCCGAGGAAGCUAUUCGAUCUCGGUGCCAUCACGAGUUUUGCCGCUCCUGCAUCAAGUCAUACAUUCAGUCCGCUGGCGAUGAUAGUCCUGACUGCCCACGUUGCCACAUUGCACUUUCCAUUGACCUUGAACAACCGGACAUCGAGCAGGAUGAAGACAUGGUCAAAAAGUCGUCGAUCAUCAAUCGCAUCAAGAUGGAAAACUGGACGUCGUCCAGCAAGAUCGAGAUGCUUGUAUACGAUCUGUACAAGUUGCGUAGCAAGAAGCAAACCCUGAAGUCCAUUGUUUUCUCGCAGUUCACGUCCAUGCUGCAGCUUAUCGAGUGGCGACUUCGUCGUGCUGGUUUCAAUACUGUGAUGCUCGACGGAUCUAUGACACCUGCGCAGCGUCAGAAAAGCAUCGAAUAUUUUAUGAAAAACGCAGAUGUGGAAGUCUUUCUAGUAUCGCUCAAAGCAGGUGGCGUGGCUCUCAACCUCACAGAAGCUUCUCGUGUGUUCAUCGUGGAUCCUUGGUGGAACCCUGCUGCGGAAUGGCAAUCUGCUGAUCGUUGCCACCGAAUUGGACAAAAACGUCCAUGUGUGAUCACACGACUAGUCAUUGAAGAUUCUGUCGAAUCAAGGAUGGUAUUAUUACAAGAGAAGAAAGCCGCUAUGAUUAGUGGUACCAUCAAUAAUGACAAAGUCGCUAUGGACAAGCUGUCGCCAGAGGAUUUGCAGUUCUUGUUUCGUGGCACUUGA